AUGAUGUCCAUGUUGAAGUCAAUUGUCGAUCAGCAAGGCCAAGCGCGAAAGGUCGUCUUCAUCCACGCUGCGCGCAACGGUCACGUCCAUGCAAUGAAGGAAGACCUGGCCAAGAUUGUUGCUGAGAACCCAUCCGUUAGUAAGGCGGUAUCCUAUGAAGAUGCAACUGCUCAGGACAAGAAGGGUGUGGACUAUGAUCAUCCAUUCAUGAAGGCACAGAGCAAGAGUCUGGAGAGCUUGGGUGUCUCGCCAGACCGAAUCCACAUGGAGGUGUCUGGUUCGCCAUCGGAUUAA